AUGCGUAAAGGAUCCAGGUUGGUGGAUAUCUCAGCAUCGGGGCGGAAAUUCACUUGGAGGAAAAAAUGUAAAGAGCUAGGGGGUUUGAGCACUCUAAAACGGGUGAGGCUGGAUAGAUGCUUUGCAAACCUUGAUUGUAGAAUUAGUUUUUCAAAAGCCACCCUUCAAAAUUUGAUUACCUCAAGUUUUUACCAUAAUCCAAUUUUGUUGGACACCCUUGUGGACAAUGAAAAGUUGCGCAAGCCAUUCAAAUAUGAGAAUAUGUGGGCUCAUAAUAUCAACUACUUCUGGAUAAUCAAACGGACAUGGAUGUCCACUUAUCACAAUGACCAGAUGCGAAGUUUUGCUCAAAAGCAGAGGGCAACAAAAAAGGAUUUGUUAAAAUGGGACCGCUUGCACUUUCAAUCCAUUCAAGAGCAAAUCCAUAAAGCAAAAACAGCUCUAAAGCAAGCAGAAUCAACCUAUCCAGAUAAUUUGGAAAAUGAACUUGAGGUCCGAAACACGUUGAAUGAAGUUCUUUGA